GAAAUCUUCACCCUGUUUUCUUCGCAAGGGAUUUGUUGAAACUCACAAUGGUUUUGUCUACGACUUGCACUUCGGUUCGAGGAUAAGCGCUGCCUUGCUAGAGCAUCAAGGACUUAUGUCUUUUGAAGACGUCGACCGAAGACCGUCAGUUCGUCACCGCCCUUUGCGUCUUGCCUGAAAAGAAGCUUUCCCCUAUUGUUCCUGAUGCUCUUCGAUUUGCCUUUGCAAACAGACUUCAGCCAGAACGCAUUCCAGUCAAAAUGAAUUUCGCGUCACCAUACGUCUACACGUACUCCGACUCGGAGGAAGAGUUUUUCGAGGACACAGAACUCUAUACUCCAAUGGACUCCAGAGGCUAUGCUGAGCCAGCUGCAAGCUCCGAAAUAGCCGCUGAGCUGCCUACUUCCGCUCUUCCAGACACUGAGGAAGUGAGUGGCGUGCGAGUCCAGCUUGCUGACGAUGCGUUGCCUGCGGCAAUACCCGCACCUGCUGAAGAUGAGGACGACGAGGAAGAGCAAGCGGGAGAAGCGUCAGGUGUUGAGGGUAUUCAUACGGUACCAACGGCAGCAGCAGCGCCUGCUGCCCAGCGUGCUCCAUCGUUCAUGCAGCGCCUAGCUAACAGAGUAAGGACUACGCUAGGUGGCUCUGAACCGCCGGCACAUCGAUCAGCGCCGUCUGCCUCACAUCGUUCAGCGGACGCCCGUUUCCAAUACCAGCCCCUGCAUCGCGGUCGCAUGCAUGCCGGACGCCGUGCGGACACCAAUGUGAUCGCCAUCAAGUUCAAUCAGCUGACCGAGCCCAGCAAGAUGCACACGGGUGAGGUAGUGACCUGCACGUGCUGCAGAGCAGUUCUCUCGCACUUCAGCCGCCUCACACCGGACGAAACACGUGGCGAGGAUGCCAAGAUCUGGGUGUGCGAGUUCUGUGGUGAAGAGAAUUCGGUUGACAUCUCCGAAGAGGAGGUCCCGAAGAAAGAGGACGUGACGUUUAUGAUCACGCCAGCACCAGCCACUAGUGCGUCGUUGGCGGCCGACCAAAGCGGUGCCGUGGACAAAUCCAUCAUCGUCUUCUGCGUUGAUGUGUCGGGCAGUAUGUCCGUUACUACUGAGGUUCCCGGGCGGUUCCAAUUGCGAGGUCGGAUAAACUCGACACCGGGCCGCAUCAGCGGGGAUAGUCUUGACCAGCGCCUCCCGAACGAGCGAAGGAACGUCACAUAUGUCUCAAGGUUGCAGGCUAUGCAGGCAGCAGUUGAUGAUCAACUGACCACCAUGAAGGAGAAGUUUCCCGCACGGCGUGUGGCUUUGAUUGCCUUCAACAAUGAGGUUCGGGUCAUCGGCACAAGCGACCAGGUAGAAGUUGUCAUCACUGGAGACAAGCUCAACAACAAGGAGACCCUGCUGCGCAUGGGGAGCAGUGCAGGAUUGCCGGGUACUGUCAAGGACGUCGUCUCGAGCCUCUCCGAAAAACUAUUCCAAUUGGAGGAAGACGGUGCCACAGCAUUGGGCCCAGCAUUGCUCGUAUCCAUUGCACUAGCGGGUCAAGAAGCCGGCUCAAAGGUCAUUAUCUGUACCGAUGGCCUGGCGAAUGUUGGCCUGGGUAACCUGGAAGACAUAACGCCGGACAACCCCGAGAAGAUGAAGCAGGCCCAAGAGUUUUUUGACGAGUGCGGAGAGCUCGCAACUGAGAAAGGUGUGUCGGUGUCGGUGGUCACCAUUGAGGGCAACCGAUGUCGCACUCUAGAACUUGGCUCGGUGGCUGACAGCACUGGAGGUGCCAUUGACACUGUGGAUCCAAUGCACCUGACGGAACGCUUCGGCUCCAUCCUGUCCAAUCCGGUCAUUGCUACCAAUGUUACAGCCAAGCUGCUGCUGCACAACAAGCUGUAUGUGCGACAAAGCGAGAAUCCCGAAGACCACACGCAGAGCGUCAUUGAACAACGCGUCGGCAACGUGACCAAGGAGACGGAAGUUACAUUUGAAUUCGGCAUUAAAACCGAUAAGAAGAAGAAAGGAAAAGACAAAGCCAAGAAGGCCGGAGCACUUGAUACCGUCGUGGAUCGAUCAGUGGAGCUAAGCUCGGCAUCGGGGGAUGCCGCUAAGACAAGUACUAUAGCACCGACAGCUGCUGCAGCAGCAACUGAAGGGGCUGCUACAUCUGAAGGUAGCAGUGCUGGAGCCACAGCCGCGGCUGCUUCAGCGCCAAAGGUUCCUCCUCCACUCAUGGUCGAUGGCAAGGAAUCACUGCCUUUCCAACUGAUGAUUAACUAUACGAGUCGUGAAGGGGCACAGAGCCUUCGCGUUCUCACCAAGUCCAAGCCUGUCACCAAGAGCAGAGACGUUGCGGAACAAAACCUUCGGUAUGAUGUGCUGGGUGCGAAUUCCGCCCAGCGCAGUGCACGAGCUGUCAUGGAGGGGGAGUACACUAGCGCGCGGUCAUCAAACUUGCUGGAGCAACGCUUACUCUAUAGACACUCUGGCCAGAAUGAAACGUCGCGUGAGCGCUAUCGCUGUUUUGUUGGAAAUAUGCGACGUCUCGACAAUGAAGUAUUGCAAGCCCAGUCGCGAGAAGUUGCCACCACUGGCCGCACGUAUAGCGAUGCCAGUGAGGAGGAGGACGCACUAGAAGAUAUGGAAUCAGCUGCUCUUGCAAUGGCGUCUCUUGGAGCACCAGCCGCAGCAGCGGCUCCCAGAACAAAAUCACCGCGGAAAUCCGGUGCCACUACGGCCGCUGGACAAGAUGGUGACGGUUCAAGUGAUUCAGAUGACGCCGAGACUCCCAAGGAACCAGCCGCAAAGAAACCCGGGAAGAAGAAGGAGAAAAAGAGGAAAGCUGCCCGCAAGGUGGACUGCGAGGAUGAAGCCGCAAACGCUGCCUACAAGAUGAAGAGCGCAAGCUCCAAGAUGUUCAUGGAGUGAACUUCCAGAUGGUCCUAUGACCUGAGCACAUGAUUUUCCACUAUCAAUUUGAUUCACCGGAUAUGACCAACUGUCAACCCAGCGUGUUAUAUACACGCUUGACAAGAAGACAUAGAGCCUCAAUACCUUAGCUUUUGGCCAGACUGGGUUUGAAAUACCUUUUGGUUGUACUGGCACUAAAAUUGCGUCCCCAUUCUCCCGUGCCAUGUACCUUGCGUUUGCGCGUUUGACUCUUCAAUGACAUGCAGAAAUUUACCUCAAUGAUUACAGCCUUUUUCUUUUCUUUCUUCGCUACACAAUAAUUAUUAUAAUAUUUCAUGAUUUGUGUGCUGCUGGAUCACCCUGUUGGGAGUGGAGCAACAGGCAUUGAAGCAUGUAACGGAGUUGCCAUUUGUGUGUGAGGUGCUCAUAUUUUCAUGAUUUGUACUGCAAGCAGUCUGUCACUUUUUGUUAUGUUUUCGACUUGUCUUAGAGGUUACCUUUCCCCAGAAUUGAGUUAUCUACUGCAGCGACCAAGCCAGGGAGUACCUUGGCAUGCUUGUGUGUUCUAGCAGCCAUGGCUGAACUGUGAACUGGCUAUGUGUCUAUAAUGUACAUCGCUUGUCCUGCUGAUCUUUUCGUGUAUGUCGGAUACAAUUCUGGCCAAUAAUGUAGUGCCGCGCUCAA